CGCCUCAUGUGUAUUUAUCAGUUUUUUGCCUUCUUCCUAGCAAACAAGUGUAGUGUUGUUUUUAACGUUGGUUGAUAUUUUAUGCAAUUGAUUGUUCGGCACGUUGCUUUUGUUUGUUGCUUUGAAUUUACAGAGUAGUAGGAGCAUUAUUAGUAUUAAACGUACUGACCUCUAGCAGCAGAGUAAUCGCUAGCUACAUACGGGCACGACCACAACUGCUGCGCACUUACAUACGAACUAGAAACUCUGUAAAUAUUUUUGGAGGUUUUUGUGUAGAGCGCAUUACCUAGAUUUCGGAUCGAAAUUCAUAAAUCAUACCUGCAGAACAAAAACUACGCAGAUUUUUCAAUAUUGAUAUACAAAUGUAUGUAUGCAUAUGUAUGCAAGAAGAGACUGAUUAAAAGGGAAAACCUGCAAUUGAAAACGAAAUAACGUGAUGACGGACGAAUGCAUUUCCAUAAAGUACGACAUUUGUGGAAAGGACAAAACAGGCAUACUAAUGAUGGGUCGUGAUAAGCUAGAUGCACAACCAACGGGACGGGAGAAAUGCGCGGGCGGAGAAAACAAUUUGAUUGGAUCCAAUGGAAACAUUGACGAUGCUAGUGCAGGAUUGAACAAAUAUACCGCGUAUAUGCCCACUGAGCGUCAUGCGAGCGAAUACAACAUGAAUCAUAAAAAUCGAGGUCUUGCCUUAAUUUUCAACCAUGAAUAUUUCGAUAUUCCAUCAUUAAAACCGCGACAAGGUACAAACGUCGACUCUGAAAAGUUAGGAGCUGCUCUCAAAAAGCUUGAUUUUCAGGUAGACAUCUAUAAAGAUUGUAAAUUGAGAGACAUUCUCAAAUAUGUCGAUAAAGCUGCUUCUCAGGAUCACACCGAUAACGAUUGUAUUGCCGUCGCCAUACUAUCACAUGGGGAGCACGGCUACCUCUACGCCAAGGACGUUCAAUAUAAAUUAGAUACUAUUUGGCACUACUUUAGCGCACAUACUUGCCCUACUCUAGCGGGAAAGCCCAAAUUAUUUUUCAUUCAAGCCUGUCAGGGCGACCAUUUCGACCCUGGAGUACUCAUGCGUAAGACUGAAACCGAUGGCGAAACAUCUAUGAGCUAUAAAAUUCCUGUUCAUGCCGAUUUUCUUAUUGCCUAUUCAACCAUACCGGGCUUCUAUUCGUGGCGUAAUACCACUAAUGGUUCCUGGUUUAUGCAGUCACUAGUGGAUGAAUUGAAUGCUAAUGGGAAAAAACACGAUAUUUUAACCUUGUUAACAUUCGUCAAUCAGCGUGUUGCAGUCGACUUUGAGUCUUGCGUGCCAGAUUGUCCGAUAAUGCAUCAGCAGAAACAAAUUCCAUGCAUUACGACAAUGUUGACUCGUAUCUUGCGCUUUACCGACAAACCAUCUAAAGGCGCUUAAUUCAAAACAUACCAUUUGGGCACGUGGCACAUAUAGCAGGUGUCUGAAAUUCUUUACACAUUACAAUCAUCAUUGCAAAAAUAUAUGUACUACACGCGUAUGCACGCAUGGUACAUUACAUAUAUGUGGUAAAAGGAGUUGAUAGAUAAUCAUUAAGCAAUCAUUACAUUGUACAACUGCGACAGAGUACACAUUUUAGUGUGUAUUUAAAGCUGAGACUGAACUGCUCCCCAUUUUCAUUGCUUUAAUUUUGCCAUUUAACUGAAUUUAAAUGUAUUUUUGAAGACGUUACAUUAUAAUCAUAAGCGUAUUUUUUUUCUAAAAUAAUGAAUUAACUUGAAU